AUGAAUGGUAUCUGCGAUGAAAGUCAUCAAGGAGAAUGCUCUUAUGAGCCUAUCGCCAUCAUAGGCAUGGGUAUGAGACUCCCAGGACGCGUAUAUAACGCUACCGACUUCUGGGACCUCCUCGUCAACGGCAGAAGCGGGCGUUGCCGAGUUCCAAAGAGUCGUUAUAACGUCGACACCUGGUACGGCCGUGGAAAAGCUGCUCACGUGCCCAGCGAGUUUGGCUAUUUCCUCGAUGACAUCAACCUAGCACAUGUAGACCCUAGCUUCUGGUCAUUCACAAAACAGGAGGCCGAACUUAUGGAUCCCCGGCAACGCCUUUUCCUCGAAGUUGCCUACGAGGCCCUUGAGAACUCUGGCUCGACUAAGUGGAGAGGACGGGACGUUGGGGUCUACGUUGGAACUAUGGGAGAUGACUGGAAUCAGCUUGAGUCCCGUGACAGUCAAAGUCUCCAACAGGUUCGCCCUGAUGUGUAUGGAGACUACAUCAUUGCCAACCGCGCGUCUUAUGAGUUUGAUCUUACAGGACCGAGGUGA